GAAUGAUUGAUCCUAAAAUAUAGCAUUCCACUGAGUGUUUUUGUGAACUGAGGUGUUGACAAAGGAGGCAGAAGCAUUUGAAUUGGAUGUAAAGUGUACUUGCAAGGUGAGCACAAAGUUAUAUAGAUGCGCAUAACACUUCCAUAUAAACUUCGUGACUGGUUUGAUGAGAGAUGGUGAUUGCUGACAAAACACCAUUAAUUGGAGAGUUGAGAGUGAGCCCCCCUCCAUUUUCAAAGCAAUUAUAUCACUUCAUGUGUCUCUUGCUUUGCAUUUAAACAAUCACACACACUCACUUCGCUAAUGUCACCCUUCUUCUUCCUCUUUUUUCCAUCACUUUCUCACCUUUUCCCUACCCCAAAAUCUCUAUCUCUUUUCUCCUCACACACCCUCUUCACCAUGAAGACCUCUCUUUCUUCACUCAUCAUCAUCAUCCUCUUUCUCUUCUUUCUCUCCUCACCUUCUUCAACCAACAACCACUACUGUGAUUCUUUUCCCCACACCAGACCACGAUCUUUGUGCAUUGGCCUUCAAAGAAUGCACCACCAACCCCUUCUUGAUCCAAGAUUCGCCCAAGAGAAGAGGCGAGUUCCCACUGGCCCCAACCCUCUUCACAACUAGUUCAACCCCUACUAUACUAUACCACCAUAAGCUAUCUUUCUUUAAUUUCCACCCUUUUAACAUACACAGACCAAACCCCAUUUUCUUCUCUACUCAUACUUUCUUACCAUCAUCACCACCUUUCUUCAUAUCACUACUAUCUAUAAACUUGCUCAACACCCAUCAAAGCAAGAAGAAUGGCUGCAGAAAGACACAAUCUCUUGCAGAGAAUGCCUCUCCUUCCGCUUAUAUUCCAUUUCUUUAGUUCUUGAAAUGUUCAAUCUUUUUCUCACUUUUAGCUUUUCCUUUCCUUUAAUUUUAUAUGCGACCAAAUGGGUAUAUGUUAACCACCGAGUUUGGUGGAAGUAGCCGAGUCUUACUUGAAGAGAGUUUCAUCGCCUGUUAAAAAUAUUUAUAUAUAUAGCGUUGGUAAUUAGUGAAAGAAAAAAAAAGGGAUAUAUAUAUAUAUAUAUAUAUAUAUAUAUAUAUGUAUGGUAUAACGUUAUAUAGUUUGUGUUGAGGAGUGUUGUGUCAGUUUGGUGUGGAGACAAUGCAGAGGCAUUUCCAUGUUUGUUUUUGGAGGUGGCGAAAGUGGAAGAGUAGAGGAAGAAGAAGAAGAGAGUGUGAGAGUUGUUGAAGAAAGAAGAGAUGAAUCUGAAAACAAGCAUGGAAAUGGUAAGAGAAUAUGGUUGGGAGGAGAAUUGAGUUGGACCCACGAGUUUCAUUAAUGUGGAGCCACCGAAAGUGCAGGGUGCAUCCAUUUAUGACUCCUGCACCAGUUCUUGAGGUCAGAAUACGCUCAUUCUUCGUGCCUUCUUAGUCAACCACAGAUUUUUAUUUUAUUUUUUUAAUAUUUAUUAUCUUCAUGUAUAGUUUGCAGUUGCUCUUUCAAUUGAAUUCAAUUAAUGAGCAUCCAUAUAUA